AUGGGUCCUAUUGUUUUAUCUUUGUCAAAAGAUGUCUUUUUUUGUACUCAUUCUAAUUUAUUUAGAACAAGUCAACUUCCUAAAUCACAUUAUUGAUCUCCAAUAUGUGUAGGCUCAUCCCAAUAAUUUACAUGAUGAAAAUUACAAAAGAAUGCGGGUUUGAACAAUACAAUAGUCAAUCAUGACGUUCGGGUGCGGUGUCACAGCUCAGUUAUUAUCUGGGACUUGAAGUCAAGCAAGAAGAAGGAGUUACAAGCUUGAAUCAGUCAAGCUAUGCCAAAAGAAUACUUGAGCAGAUGGGGAUGGGAGAUUGUAAUCCCUGUAGCAUACCUAUGGAGCCCAGGAGCAGGCUGAGUAAAUUUGAUGAAGGUAUGCUAGUAGAUGCUACAUUGUAUAGAAGUGUAGUAGGGAGUUUGAGGUAUUUGGUUAAUACUCGUCCUGAUAUGGCAUACUCAGUGGGAAUGGUGAGUAGGUAUAUGGAGGUUCCAACUCAAAAUCAUAUGAAUGCAGUGAAACAAAUCUUGAGAUACAUUAAGGGUACUUAUGAUAUGGGCUGUGUGUUCAAGUAUGGUGAAGAAGAUAAUGUGCUAGUUGGAUAUUGUGAUAGUGACUUGGCAGGUGAUGUAGAUGACAGAAAGAGCACCACAAGAAUCUUAUUUUUCUUAGGAGGAAGCCCUAUAACAUGGGUGUCACAAAAACAAAAGGUAGUGGCACCUUCCUCAUGUGAGGCAGAGUAUAUGGCUGCCACAGGAGGUGCUUGUCAGGGGAUAUGGCUCAUGAAGUUGCUGGACAGUUUGAGAAGAAAAAUCAAAGAGAAACCACUACUGAAAAUAGAUAACAAGUCAGCCAUAGCAUUGGCCAACAAUCUUGUGCAUCAUGAACGAAGCAAACAUAUCGAUACGAAGUUUCACUUUAUACGAGAGUGUAUAGAGAAGGGAAUCAUAGGCAUUGAGCAUGUGAGAACUGAAGGGCAGCUAGCUGAUAUAUUAACAAAACCACUUGGGAGGCAAAGAUUCACCGAGCUCAGGACAAAGAUAGGGAUCCAACACAUCAAGAUGGGGAAACAAGUUUAAGGGGGAGAAUGUUACAUAUUAAACUUGUUAGCUAAUAUGGUUAUUAUCUUUUGUUUUAUUUAUUUAUUUGUUUUCCUUUAUGUUGAUGUACUUUGUGGGUGUACGUGUGCUAGAAAGUGGGGAGGUUUUUUCAUCCACUUAAUCUAACCAACUUCCCCUUUCAUUUUGAUAUAAAAUGAAUGACUUGGGCGUAGGUGAAGAUUAAGACGGUUUUUCCUUCUCAUUGAAGCAUUCUACACAUUAUGAAUGAAUAUAUGAAUACAUUUUGAUCUUCUCUUUUA